AUGGGAAGAAGAUCAGGAAAGUUAGUGAUAAAGUAUAUAGAAAACUCAACCAAUAGAAAAGUAACUUACUCAAAGAGAAAAAAAGGGAUUCUUAAGAAAGCUAGAGAACUAAACAUUCUCUGUAAUGCUCAAGUUUGUCUCAUCAUGUUUUCUAAAAGUGGCAAAAAUACUGAAUAUGUCAGUCCUUCAACUACGAUGAAGGACUUUCUUGAUAGGUACCAAAGGGAGACUAAUACUAGUCUAUGGGAAGCUCAAUAUGAGGCGUUGCAAGAAGAAUUGAGAGCACAGCAGGAGAUUGGCAGGAGACUUAAGAAAGAGAUUAGGCAGAGGACUGGACAAGACGACUUGAGUGAAUUUAGCAUCGAGGAACUGGGUAGAUUUGAGAAAAAUUUGGAAGAGUCUUUGGAAAUUGUUCGCGAUAGGAAGGCUAAAAAAGUGGAGUCCUGCUAUCCAGUUCCUGCUGAUAAUGAAGGAUACCAUUAUCUUGAUUUUGCUCAAAAACAGGAGCAAGAAUUUUUCUAUGCAGUUCCUUCCAAUAAUGAAGGAGGUCAACAGGCAGACUAUGGAUCCGCUUCAUCAUCAAUUAGAAGACUGCUCACUGAUGGUGUUUGUUGUGAUUGUCAGAGUUCGGAAAUUACAUUCCAACAUCUACCACAACCAAGCUACACCAAUCUUCAUAAGGAAGCAGGAGGAGCAUACUCGUACAAUCAAACCUUUGCUUGA